AAACCGGAAGUGACCUCAGGCGGAGCGUUGAUGUUUUCCUGGCUGAAAACAGUUCUCAUACCUGACAAACAUUUACACCAGAAGAUACAAAGUUCGGACAUAAAGCAUUUCUAAGAACUGGGAGGAGAAUCGAAGAGUCGAGGAGAACAAUCGGGGAGUAGGAGCUUCAUGGCGGCGGCUGUUUCUGCGGGAGGACCAGCUCCCAUCAUGGAGAAUGGACAGAGCAGCACCACCACAACUCCGACCACCACCAAACUGGGCCUGCCGCCACUCACCCCCAAUCAGCAGGAGGCGCUCCAAAAGGCAAAGAAGUACGCCAUGGAGCAGAGCAUCAAGAGCGUGUUGGUCAAACAGACUCUUGUGCAGCAGCCGUUUAGCAGCCUUCAGAUGGCGCCUCUGACGAUGAGUAUGGGCGACGCACUGUCUCCUCUGCAGUCUGUUGCAGCUCAGAGACAGAGAGCUCUGGCCAUCAUGUGUCGAGUGUAUGUCGGCUCCAUCUACUACGAGCUUGGGGAGGAUACCAUCAGACAGGCUUUCAUCCCUUUUGGACCAAUCAAAAGCAUUGACAUGUCCUGGGACUCCAUCACUAUGAAGCAUAAGGGUUUCGCCUUUGUGGAGUACGAGGUACCUGAAGCAGCUCAGCUAGCUCUAGAGCAGAUGAACUCUGUUGUCCUGGGGGGAAGGAACAUCAAGGUUGGCAGGCCUAGUAACAUUGGCCAGGCUCAACCAAUCAUUGACCAGCUUGCAGAAGAAGCACGUGCCUUCAACAGGAUCUAUGUGGCCUCUGUCCACCCGGAUCUUUCCGAUGAGGACAUCAAGAGUGUCUUUGAAGCCUUCGGAAAAAUCAAGUCAUGCAUGUUGUCCCGCGAGCCAACCACCGGACGUCACAAAGGUUAUGGCUUCAUCGAGUAUGAUAAGGCUCAGUCAUCUCAGGAUGCUGUGGCCUCUAUGAACCUGUUCGAUCUGGGGGGUCAGUACCUGCGGGUCGGGAAAGCCGUAACUCCGCCCAUGCCCCUCCUCACGCCAGCAACUCCUGGACUUCCUACUGCCGCUGCUGUAGCUGCUGCUGCUGCUGCGAGUGCAAAGAUCACUGCCCAGGAGUCAGUUGGAGCAUCAAUUCUCGGAGCGCUGGCUGCUCCAUCUCUCCUUACCCAGCAACUUGGACUUCCUCAGGCCGUCAUGGCCACCCAGGCCCCAGGUGUCAUCACAGGCGUGACCCCAAUUCGACCUGGCCUGCCUCAGGUGGGGCUGGUGACCCCGGUGCUAGCCACGCCCCGGUCAGUAACAACCUUGCUUGGAGCGGAACAGAAAAAGAAAGAGGAGGCAGCGUUUCAGCAGGAGGUGCAGCAGGAUGGAACCACUGAGCCACUAAGUGAGCAGGAGCACAUGAGCAUCAGCGGCAGCAGCGCCCGACACAUGGUGAUGAGGAAGCUGCUCCGGAAACAGGAGUCCACCGUCAUGGUUCUGAGGAACAUGGUUGGACCUGAUGACAUUGACGAUGACCUUGAGGGUGAGGUGACGGAGGAGUGUGGAAAGUUUGGCCGAGUGAAGCGUGUCAUCAUCUACCAGGAGCGUCAGGGCGAGGAAGAGGACGCAGACAUCAUUGUUAAGAUCUUUGUGGAGUUCUCCGAAGUGGCCGAGAUGGACCGGGCCAUUCAGGCGCUCAACAAUCGCUGGUUUGGAGGACGGAAGGUAGUGGCCGAGGUUUACAACCAAGAGCGCUUUGACACCAGCGACCUGUCGGCGUAGGACUCGGACGAGCUGGAACCCCAAAGAACUGGAGCCCAGGCUCCGAGGUUUUAUCAGUGUCUGAUUCUGGUGGGACAGACUCUUCAGGUUGUUUAUCCACAGGUCACAUGACUUCAUGUUCCACUUAGAGCUCCACCCACUGGCAUUCAGGUCACAGAGGUCAAAUGACGUCAUGUGUAACUCAUCAUCACAUUACAUCAUCACCAGGUCUAUGACCAGACAGGAACCGGACCCAAACGAAGCCUGGUGCGAUUCGGUUCUGAGUGCUUUGGAUCUGUUCUUUUCAGGAUUUGACCUGGCGGGACAGAGACUAGCGUUCCAGAACCCAGUACCAAAAAGAUCCAGAACUGAUGGUUUCUGGGUCUGUGAAAUGUG